AUAUAUGGGGUGUGGACCCAAAAUUUUGAAAUCAAUUUUCACACUUCUUCACAGUUCACGACUUCACGCUCACCAAAUAAACCCUAAAUUUCCUUCAUCGCCGGCCGCCGCUCAACCCUUCACAGUUCACUUCAGUCGCCGCCGCUGCUCACCUUCAUCGCCGCUGACAGUUAAGGGGUUAUUAGGGUUUCAACCUCAGAAGCAUCAGCAACCAAACCAAACCACACGAAAGUUGCAGCGGAGAGAGAGAUGUUGUACAUAAUCGGACUGGGAUUGGGAGACGAAAAGGACAUAACUUUGCGAGGAUUAGAAGCCGUUAAAAAAUCCCAAAAAAUCUACAUCGAAUCAUACACUUCUCUUCUUUCUUUCGGCAUCUCCGAAGAUGGUAUCUCCACCCUGGAAAAAUUGUAUGGGAAGGCGCUUAUUGUUGCAGACAGGGAAAUGGUAGAGGAAAAGGUGGAUGAUAUGUUGUUGGAGGCUCGUGAGUUUGAUGUUGCCUUUCUCGUCGUUGGAGAUCCUUUUGGAGCCACAACACACAGUGAUCUAGUGGUACGCGCAAAGAAAAUGGACGUGGAAGUUAAGGUGAUAUAUAACGCGUCAGUGAUGAAUGCAGUUGGAGUAUGUGGCUUACAGCUUUACCGUUAUGGAGAGACUGUUUCUUUACCGUUCUUUACUGAAACGUGGAGGCCCGACAGUUUCUAUGAGAAAAUUCAGAAAAAUCGAGGGCUUGGACUACAUACUUUGUGUUUAUUAGAUAUACGUGUUAAAGAACCUUCACUGGAAUCCUUAUGCAGAGGGAAGAAGCAAUAUGAGCCUCCUAGUUUUAUGACAAUUGGUGUUGCUAUUGAUCAGCUCUUAGAGGUGGAACAACUACGUGGAGAAUCUGCUUACAAUGAAGACACGCUCUGUGUCGGUUUUGCACGGCUAGGAAGUGAGAAUCAGAUGGUGGUAGCGGGUUCAAUGAAACAGUUGAGGACGGUUGACUUUGGUCCACCUCUUCAUUGCCUCACAAUAGUUGGCAAAACUCAUCCUGUGGAAGAAGAAAUGCUUGAUUUCUAUAGAAGUUGAAACAAAAUAUUGAUACAAUACUUCAAAUUUUGCAGCUAAAUGUACUGACUAUUAGUUAUGUACCUUUGUAUGCUAUGUUGACUUUAUCUAUUUUGCUGUUUGGAAUGUUAUUUUGACAAUUUUUUUUGACUUUAUGCAGCAAGAUAUUAAAGAAUAGUAUUGUGUAUGCAAAUAUGCAAUAUGAUGUUUUAUAUA